CAGUUAUGCGCAUGCGCACUGGGCAUAGCAACGCUAAUUCGGUCUCGGGGCCGCAGAGAAGAACAGAUGAAGCGAUCGUAAAUACGCCUUCUGGGGAGCGGACAAGAUAAAUCACCCCGGGCGGACUCACAGGAAACAUGGGGAGUGUGUUCCUGCCAGCGGACGCGGCCCACUCGGUGCUGCGGCGGCUGCCCAGGGCUAACUUCCUGCUGGAGGAGAUGAAGCAGGGCAACAUACAGAGGGAGUGCCGCGAGGAGAUCUGUACCUAUGAGGAGGCCCGCGAGGCCUUCGAAAAUGAUGAGAAGACGAGGCGCUUCUGGGAGGAAUACGUGCGUGAGAGCAGCCCUUCGGGAGGUCUGGAGUCGGUGGUCGGCGGCGUGCACUCCCUCUACCUGAUCGUGCCACUGCUGACGGUGGUCUUCAUCGUGGUGGCUGUGGCCGUAGUGGUGUUUUGCUGCCACUCCCGAAAGCGCUCGCAGCGCAGUCCCGGCCUAGCUCACUCCCACCACGACCACGUCUUAUCGGUGGUCUCCAUGGACCACUGGGGAAGGGAUUAUCACCACGGUGACCGCUCAGAACUCAGCCUCCACAGCAGCCCUACCGGCUACCCGGGCUCUGAGGCGGCUUCGGGUCGGGUGAGCGUAGCCGACCGGCCGCCGUCGUACGAGGAGGCGGUCGGCCACGCCGACAUCCGUGUGGAAACGGAGCCCCCGCCGCAGUACGAGGACAUUAUGAAUGCCGCGAACCACGCCAAGUAAACAGGACCACCACCUUCACUUCAUAAUGCAAUCUCUGCCAGCACUCGACAUUUGCACUAACCUCUCAAAAGGAGCAAGUGAAUCCAGCAGUACCAAAUGCAACAAACAUCUCUAACAAACGACUCCAACUGAACCCCGUGCCGGCACAAAAAAAACAGUUGUAACCGCCACUGAAGGAUUUAUGUCCGUGCAGUUUCACCCGUGCUCUACUGGAGGUCUGUGCCAAAUAUUUCAUACAACAUUCUUUGCUCACACAGGUCCCAAAUGGCAUAAUGGAAGGCUUUAUCUACUCAAUAAAGCCAUACUUAUUCAGGAAAUAAGGAUGUGUAGCUAACUUGUACUUGCAGUAGGAACAUUCCACUUGGUGGGUCUUAACGGAAAAGCAUUGGAGCAUUUAUUCACAAUCUGCUAUUACACUAUGUACAAUGGAAUUCUAUGCCAUCCCUUUAGGGAAGCUAUCCUUUUCAUUAUUGUCCUACACCGCCACCAGAUUCAACAUUAUUCUCAUAUUGGAACACUUGUUGAACAACUACAUCUUACAAGUGAGGCAAAAACAUUGACAACUGUGUGCUACAAGAACUGGAUAAUAGAUAAAAACUAAUAUCAACUGGUGCAGUUUUGUCUCAAUAGUAACAUGUACUUGUCCUACUGGUAUACCAAAGUUGUCCUCCAAGUGUGCAGGAAAUUAAUACAGUAGUAGUAACAGAGUAUUUGAUCAAAAUAUAUGGUGGCGCUUUCGAGGUUUAUCAGAGGAAUUCAGCUUCCCUUUGGCAAGCAGUUAGGCUGAACGGUUUAUAUAUGUUUCAUGAGUUCAACAACUAUGUAAAGCCAAGGUUUCACUCGGAAGUUGUAGCCACAAGUCUGCGCCAUUCAUACUAAUGGUGCAAAAAAGCAGGCUCGGCGACUGGCAGUGCUUCUAGUGGGGUAAAGACUGCGCAAAAAAGCAGGCUCGGCGACUGGCAGUGCUUCUAGUGGGGUAAAGACUUGUAGGUACAAUUUCUGAGUGAAACCGUCACUGUACAUAAUUAAUUGAAGUAAUGAUUUGUGUGAGUGUUCUGUUUAAUAAGGUAUGGAAAAAGUUAUCCUGACUUGUUCUGCUUAUUCACAGGAAGCUAAAUUCCCUUGUGUGUAUACGCUCUUGGAAUUACACUUUAAAAUGGAAUUUUCUUAAAGACAAAGAGCAAAAAAGAACCGAGCUAUCAAAUAAUGCUCAAAGUUUUUUCGUACAUUGGUGUCAAAAUGUAAACGUAAUCUAAAGAGGGACCUCAGUGGAUUUGAUUUUGUCACUAACAAGCUGUCUUGAAGCUAUGCUCAACUGUGAAAAUCUUCCCUGUGACCUAAAGCUUCACUGUCUACGCCAGAUAUACUAGGUUGGCAGCGCCUCCUAAAAUGUAAAAUUGUACAGAAAAGAUGGAAUUGAGGCCAUAGAGACAGAAGCUUUGGGGAAAGCAGUCUCAGGGAAGGUCUUAUGUUUAAUGCCAUAAUGGACAGAAUCCAUGUUAAGCAUGUGUAAUGUAUCAGUGUGUAUAUAUACGUAUAAAAAUAUUGUAUGUAUAGUCUGUGUGAUACUAAAUUACAGUGAGAUUGCUUUUUACUGCAUACGAAUUCAUGGAUACUAAUGGAACUUAUUGCUGAUAACUAAAUGAAAGCACUUAUAUUGAAGCUCUUUAGAUAAAAUUUAGAUCGUUCGUUUUGGUUCCGUUCUAACAUUAAGGUCAUCAAAACUUUUAUUUCUGCCUGGUAUGAUGACACAUUGGUUCAUUGAGAGGGAUUGGCCUAGAAGUUAACAUGUCCACCUAAAUGGAAUGUUUAAAAAUGGCAUCAAACAUGGGUGUCAAAUAAAGAUCUAAGGGUCAGUUGCUUGUCCUGUCCACUACACUUAACUCAUUCACUACAAGUACAGGUUUAUGUAUAGUAUUCACGAAGUAAAUGGUGUGGUGGUUAGUAAAAUAACAUUUACACACACACAAAAAAUCACAGAUGUCCAAUCCACUUUGUCUUGGAAGGUCAAACUGGAUUGGACAUCUAUAGCUGUCAAUGGAUGCCAAUGAGGUGUGUUUAGGUCAUGUUUAUUGUUAAAUGGGUUGUAUUAUUAUGGCGGAAAAUAUCUUCAAAAAUUGCAGGUUUUUUUUCUAUACAACUGUGAAGCAUUUUUCACACAAUUUCUAAAUUGUAGUUAAUUCAACUUGAAUGUUACUUUUAAGGGAUAAUUGUGUAUAUGUCCUAUGAAGAUGGAUGCUAUACAUAUAUAUGGUUUUGUUGUGGCCCGCUGAAGGGCAACUUUGACUAAAGUGGCCUCUGAUGAAAACGAGUUUGAAGCCCGUGGAUUAAACUGAAUAUUUGAUGGAUCCAGGCGCACUUAUGCAAUAUUGUCGUAUACAUUAAGUGCAUUUUGUUAUACGCUGAGCACUGAUUACAUUGUUUUAAGUGAGUUGACCUGAGAAUCUCAGCACUCGCUCUAUGACCAUUUGUCCAUUGAAGUGGGUUGUGUUGGUAGCCAUUUUGACUCACCAUGCCUUAGAUAUAGUAAGGCAACACAAAUGCAAGGGAACCAGUAGGAAAUCUUUAUUCAUGUGUACAAAAGUUAAAAUUGAUUUAUAAUAAAAAACAAAGUUUCACUUGUCUUAAAUGUGGAAUUAUUUGUAGUUUCCUUAUUUCAAGGGAAAUCAAGCCCUUUUUGUUGUUGCAAGAAUGUUUUAUUGAAAGUGGAAAAUUAUUUUAA